CCCGCAAAAACCGACGAGUCGGAACCGAAAAAAAGUUCAGAGCCGUGAACUUUUUUUCGAUUUCUGCGGGAUAUCGUUCCACGCGACAUUUUAUGGCGCACAGCGGCAUUCUUUUGUUUUGUUUACUUCUGCCUUUUUUGAAGUGACAGAAGGUUGAGUAGGUGUCAGUUUUCAUCCGAUUUGUGUAGAUUAUAGUCGUAUUUUCUGUGUUAAGUUGUUCUGGAUAUUCACCUACCUACGCAUCAGUAUGGAACGUGCAAUGAGAGAUGAAGAUGGAGAAAUGAGUGGAGAAAUGGACUUCAACGAAUCAAUAAUUGAAGCAGUCAGGAAGUACCCAGGUUUGUGGGACAAAAAGUCGAAGGACUAUGCAAAGAAAAAGACUGUAAAAGAUCUUGAUUGGCAAAGAGUGGCAGCUGAGUGCAGAUGUGAUGUGCAAGCUGCCAAAGAGAGGUGGAAGUCUUUGCGGGACUACUAUCUGGCCAGAAAAAGGAAGACUCUGCCCAGUGGAUCAGCAGCACCUGCAGGUGGCCAUCAGCACCUAGGACCCUAUGGGAAUAUGCUCAGAUUUCUGGACCCCAGCACCCAGCGUGGGCCGUAACUCUAGGGCUAGGCGCUGAUCAUCCAUUGCCAAAACACUAGGCCAUCUAGAGGACACAACCAAAUUAGUCUGGUUAAUAAUCUACCCACCAAGGGAGCCUUCAGUGAAAAUGGAAAAGAGCAGAUUUAUUGCUCUGGCUCGGAAGUUCAAUGCUGUUCUUUUUGAAGAGAACGGCCUGCUGUCCGGCGCGCUGCCGCUGGUAGUGGCCGGCCACACAGUGGGCCUGGUGCGUGCCGAGCUGUUGCCGCUGGUGCGGGCCGCCUCCAUGUUCCACGUGACUGAGGGCGCCGUGACGCUGGACCCUGCGCUGGAGACGCCCGAGGCGCGCUCGGCGGCCAUGGCCGAGCUUCUGCAGCGCUGGAGGACGCAGGAAAACCUGGUGGCCCUGCGCGGCUGGAGGAACGAGUGUUAUGAUGUGCGGGCGUCCUUCUCCAGCGCUCCCCUACUAAAGAUGGAACGGUCGGCUACAUGUGUGUUUGGGAUCCGGCAGUACGGGGUCGACCUGAACGGCUACACCCACCACCCGGAGCGGGGCUUCUGCGUCUGGAUCCAGCGCCGCUCGCUGGAGAAGCCCACCUGGCCCGGCAAACUGGACAACAUGGUCUCAGGCGGCCUGACGUCCGGGCUCGGCCUACUGGAGGCCGUGCAGAAGGAGGCCUGGGAGGAGGCCGGCAUCCCCGAGCACCUGCUGCCCGGUAUCCGGUCGGCCGGCGCCGUCUCGUUCGUCUACGGUAAAGGGAGCGCCACAUUCGCCAACCAUGCCUUCUGCUUCGAUAUCCAGCUUGCACCCGAUUUCCAGCCGAGAAAUCAAGACGGGGAGGCGGAGGAGUUUAUGCUGGUUACACCUAAGGAGCUAAUGGAGCUCGUCUGUAGCCCCGAGUUCAAGACGACCAGCGCGCCGGUCACCCUCGACUUCCUCAUACGGCACGGCUUCAUCACACCCAACAACGAGCCGCGCUUUCUGGAGAUCUGCGAGCUGCUGCACGUGCCACUGGCCAGUGCGUACAGUACGGGCCGGCUCAUUAGCGGGCUGCAGGCCAUCCACGGCUGAGCUGUGAACAGGCGCCGCGAGUGGGGAGGCGCAGCCGUCCAGACGCCGCCGGACCGAACCCUCCAUAGCCAACAGGACAAGACACUUCCGGACCCUCCACAGCCGACAGGACAGGACAGGACAGACCACCGGACCGACCCUCGAUAGCCGAUACUCGACAAGACGGGACAGGAUAGGCCGCUAGACCGCACCCUCUCCAGCUGUCACAACAGGACAGUACAGGAUCCUCCAUAGCCGACAUCGACAGGACAGGGCAGACCGCCAGACCCGACCCUUUAUAGCCGACAGAAGAAAAUAAGGACAGUACACCGCCACACAGGACCGAAACAUAUAGCGGACGGGACGGUCAGGGUGGUUCAGAUGUCUUCAUCCGACAGAACACCACCGGACAGGCGGACAGCACCAGAUCGGAAUCACUACACAACCUUACCUUCCCACCGGACAUGGGCCUUUCCACCAAACCAAGCCACCGCCAGAACUGCCAUUUCCUUGCCGAUUUGUGUCCUUCCCAUCCAGUUUAAACCUCUCCAUGACUGAUAUGCCUGACUGACGUCCGCACGAAUGUCGCUACGAACAGUAACUUCGCCCCUCCCCUGGAAGGACGGCGGUGCUAAGGACCGGGAGUCGCACCUACUCCUGUUUGUCAGGUAUACUCAGCUGUGGGGCGUCUUUACGGGUAGUGCGGGUGUGCUGCCGGUCUGAGCUGUGGGUGUGCUACCCUCCGUGGUAUGACACCUCUGCCGGUAUGGCGGGUCUGCCCUGCCGGUAUGUCGGUAUGGUGCCCUGUCGUGAGAUGUGCCGUCUGCCUGCCCUGUGGGUAAGACGCCUCCGUUGGGCACUGUCCCGCGGUGUGGCGACCCUGCCGGUAGAGCAGCUAUCCCGCUCGUUUGGGUGAGCCGUGGUGGCCCUCGGCUGCUCCCAUUUCCUUGCCAGGGAGGUCUGGAGGUCCGCAUAGAGGGCAGCGUUAGGCCUCGAAGGCUGUGGGGCGGUCAGUGUUGUUGAACAGAGGCAACUCAAAGUGGUCCCGUUGAGUCGGUGUGUUUUAAAGAGUCCGUAGUUAUUUGUAGACGUUUGCCUGUUUCUAAUAUGUGGUAUCUUCUAGAGCUUUCCUUUGGCUCUUGGGUACCUUUUUGGGACUUGUGUGUUAUAUUAUGUAGUCAAUUUGCAAUUGGUUCAAUGUGUACUACGUUAUUGCUUUGUGUCGGAUUUUACCGUAUGGGAAGUCAUUUGACUAAGAAUAUACAUUGUCGCACCAUA